UUCACCUCUAAUGGUUGUCUGUUAUCUGAUUGUCCCCACUUGUAAAGGAAGCCAUUCCAGUAAUAACCUAUCUGAUAAUGUAACCAGAGCCGAUGAUGUCCUGUGCGGUACCUCAGAGUCCACAAUGGCGUCUGCUGAUCUGAGAGACGAGCUGAACUGCUCCAUCUGCCUGAACGUCUACACAGACCCCGUCACCCUGAGGUGCGGACACAACUUCUGCCGGGGGUGCAUCGAUCGUGUGUUGGAUGUACAGUGGGGGAAAGGAGCUUAUAGCUGCCCUGACUGCAGACAAGUGUUCAAUAAGCGGCCAUCAUUGUACAAGAACGUUACUCUGAAAAGUAUAGCAAAGCAUUUCCUGCCUCCACCAGGACAGAAAAGAAAGGCCGAGGUCAUCUGUACCUACUGUCUGCACUGCCCGGUGCCUGCUGUGAAGUCCUGUGUGUUGUGUGAAGCUUCUCUGUGUGGAAAACACCUGAAAGUCCACAACAAAUCACCAAAACAUGCCUUGAUUGAGCCCACCACUUGCCUGGAGAACCGAAAAUGCUCCACCCACAAUGGAAUCCUGGAGUAUUACUGCCUCAAAGAUGAGAUGUGCAUCUGUGUUUACUGUCAGGUUUAUGGAGACCACAAUGGACACCAAGUUCAGUCUUUGGAUGAAGCCUCUGAAGAGAAGAAAGAUAAUCUUACAAAGGUUCUGGAGACGUUGACCUCUAAGAAGAAGGAGUCUGAGACAAAAAUCCAGAAUCUACAAGAACGCCUGGAAAAAGAGAAGGGCAAGGCAGCUAAGAUAAAAGGUAAAGUCAACGCUCUGCUCACAGACCUCAGAAAACAACUGGAGGACGUGGAGAGAAGGGUCCUUAGUGAGAUCUCUGGACAGGAAAAGCAGGUAUCAGUCUUCAUCUUGGACCAGAUCCAACAGCUGGAGAUAAAGAAGAACCAUCUGUCCAAGAAAAUGGGUGAAAUCGAGGAGUUGUGUAAGAUGACUGAUCCCAUAACUGUCUUGCAAGACCCAAAAUGUCAAAACAAUUGGGGUCAAGAGGACGAUGAAGAUCUUUGUGAUCAGAAGGUUGAAGAUACAAGUGGCCUAGAUGAGGACCUGAUCAAGAAGUCCAUACAUCAACAAUUAUCUAAUGUGACAUCCCAUGUCAAUCCCUGGCUGUUUUUGCUGGACCCUGUGGAGCUCUCGCUGGAUGUUAAUAUGGCUGCUAAUAAUCUAUGUACAUCAGAAAACUUGAAGACUGCAUCAUUGAAUUAUGAAGACGAAGAAGUUCCAGAUUGCCCAGAGAGGUUUCCUGAAAAUGAGGUUUUAAGUACUCAGAGUUUUUCGUCUGGCCAACAUUACUGGGAGGUGGACACCAGUGAUCUGGGGACCUGGAGGUUUGGUGUGACCUACCCUUAUGAAAAUUGUGUCUAUGGGGCCUCCUGGACUUUUCAGAGGAAUUCUAACCAGUGUUUAGCUGUUCAUGAGAGUAACAUUGUCCAUUUGUCCUGUAAUUUAUGUUGUCGGAAGUUUGGGGUUUAUCUGGCUUACGAGGCCGGGCAGCUGUCCAUUUACCAGCUGGGUGUCCCUGUUAGACACCUGCACACUUUCACUGCCACCUUCACUAAGCCCCUUUAUGCUUUCUUCUGGUCAGAUAGUCCUGAUGCUGUGGCCCUAGAGAAGUGGAGCAGACGACAGGGGAACACCCUAAUGUUGGGUCUUCUGCCUGAUGGUAUUGUCCUAUUGUCUGAACUGGAAUAUCUGACGAUGAAUGAGAAGAAUCAGAGCAAGCAAGAAGGAGGGAGCAAGGCAAUAGAUCUGGGUCAGGAAGCACAUUGUGGUGCACAGAUACGUUUCAGUUCCAUAAUGGCGUCUGCAGAUCUGAGAGACGAGCUGAAAUGCUCCAUCUGCCUGAACAUCUACACAGAUCCCGUCACCCUGAGGUGUGGACACAACUUCUGUCUCAAGUGUAUUGAUCGUGUGCUAGACUCCCAGUGGAAUUCUUAUAGCUGCCCUGACUGCAGGCAAAUGUUCAAUCAUAGGCCAACAUUGUACAGGAACGUUACUCUGAAAAGUAUAGCAAACCAUUUCCAGCCUCCACCAGGACAGAAAAAAAAGGCUGGAGUCAUCUGCACCUACUGUCUACACUGCCCGGUGCCUGCUGUUAAGUCCUGUGUGUUGUGUGAAGCUUCUCUAUGUGAAAGGCACCUGAAAGUCCACAACAAAUCAUCAGAACACGUCUUGAUCAAGCCCACCACUUCCUUGCAGAACAGAAAAUGUUCCAACCACAAGAAGAUCCUGGAGUAUUUUUGCCCCAAAGAUGAGGUGUGUAUCUGUGUCUACUGUCGGGUUGAUGGAGACCACAAUGGCCACCAAGUUCAGUCUCUGGAUGAAGCCUCUGAAGAGAAGAAGGAGAAGCUUACAAAGGUUCUGGAGACACUGACCUCUAAGAAGAAGAAGGCUGAAACAAAAAUCCAGAAUCUACAGGAACGCCUGAAAAAAGAAAAGGGCAAGGCAGCUAAGAUAAAAGGUAAAGUCAACGCUCUGCUCAAAGACCUUAGAAAACAACUGGAGGACGUGGAGAGAAGGGUCCUCAGUGAGAUCUCUGGGCAGGAAAAGCAGGUAUCAGUCUUCAUCUUGGACCAGAUCCAACAGCUGGAGAUAAAGAAGAACCAUCUGUCCAAGAAAAUGGGUAAAAUCGAGGAGCUGUGUAAGAUGACUGAUCAUAUAACUGUCUUGCAAGACCCAAAAUUUCAAAACAAUUGGGGCCAAGAGGACGAUGAAGACCUUUGUGAUCAGAAGUUUGAAGGUACAGGUGACCUAGAUGAGGACCUGAUAAAGAAAACCAUACAUCAACAAGUAUCUGAUGUGACAUCUCAUGUCAACUCCUGGCUGUUUUUGCUGGACCCUGUGGACCUCUCGUUGGAUGUUAAUAUGGCUGCUAAUAAUAUAUGUAUAUCAGAAGACUUGAAGACUGCAUCAUUGAUUUAUGAAGACCAAGAUGGUGCAGAUUGCCCAGAGAGGUUUCCUGAAAAUAAGGUUUUAAGUACUCAGAGUUUUUCAUCUGGCCAACAUUACUGGGAGGUGGACACCAGUAAACAGGGGAACUGGAGGUUUGGUGCAACCUACCCCUAUCGAAAUGGUGUCUAUGGGGCCUCCUGGACUUUAAGGAGGAAUAAUUACCAGUGUUUAGCCGUUCAUGAAAGUAACGUUGUUCAUUUGUCCUGUAAUUUUUGUUGUCAGAAGUUUUGGGUAUAUCUGGAUUACGAGGCCGGGCAGCUGUCCUUUUACCAGCUGGGUGACCCUGUUAGACACCUGCACACCUUCACUGCCACCUUCACUGAGCCCCUUUAUGCUUUAUUCUGGUCUGAUAGUGCUGACUGGAUCAAAAGCAAAAGCUGAAGGACCUACCUGUAAUUCUCUUGAAGGUUAGUGAACCUUCAGCUUUAUUGGUUGUCUGAUUGUCUACCAUUCCAGUAAUAACCUGUCUGAUAAUGUAACCAGAUGUCCUGUGUGGUAUCUCAUGUUGGCGUUUGCCCGUAGGGUCAUAAAGUAUAGGUAUAAAUAUGCUAUAUGGUGCCCAAAAGCCAUCUCUAUACAGUUGUGUAAAUACCAAUGUUAUGAAAUGCCGCCACUACCAUACACUGCAUAAAUAAUGCCCUCAACGGUUGUAUAAUAGGUGCAGGUAGACACCCAUAUGACUAGAUGACAAGGAGGUCCUGGGCACCGAUCCACAGUUCAUGGUCCCAGCUGAGGCUAGAUGUUACCUACCAUAGACCUGUAUGCUGAUGCUGGAUGGGGGCGCUGAACACCGGAUAGUGCAUUAGCCAGAUAUGACCAUAAAUGACCUGUAGUAGACAGGCAGGAGUAUAUACACACAUAUAUACAAACUUUAACCCUUUAAUGUCACAUCAAUGAGAUACUAUAAUUUGGACAACCACAACAGUACCUAAAUAGCACCAUACAGCGCUCAAAAAUACUCACAUAAAAUGCUCUAUAGCUGCAAAACCAGUGCUUAAUACUGCCGUACAGUGCGCUCAUAUAAUACUGCCAUAUAGUUUGUUCACAUACUGCCAUACAGUGCCCAAAUAAAACCACCAUACUCUGCUCAAGUAAUACUGCCAUACAACGCUAUAAUAAUGCUGCUACACAAUACUGAACUAACACUGCCAUACAAUGCUCUAGUAAUACUGCCAUACAGUGUGCUCAACUAAUGCCGUACAAUGCUCAAAUAAUACUGCUACACAGCCUGCUCAUAUAAUCCUGCCAUGCAAUUGUCAUAUAAUACUGCCACACAGUGUGUUCAUUUCAUACUGCCAUACCAUGCUCACAUAAUAAUGCUAUAUUGUGCACUGAUAAUGUUGCCAAGUAAAUUUAGAUGAAUUACAUCACUUGUCUUUUUGUUACCCCUUACACAGCGACUCCCAGUUUAGACUCAUCCACAUAUUACUCGUAGCCUGGUGGCAGAUAUAGUGGAAACAUAAAUACCGUAGAUGAAGCCCAUGAGGCUGCUACAGCAACCCUGGAGAAAGGCCGAGGAGAGUGGAAGGUGGUGGGUGCUGCUCUACAUAUCUCAUAUAAAACCACAUUACAUUCAAGUAUUACAGCCACACAGUGCUCAAAUAAUACUGCUGUACAAUGCUAUAAUAAGACUGCCAUACUGUGCUCUAAUAAUGUUGUCAAAUAAAUUAAUUUUGAUUAUU